AUGGCUCACAUACCAAACCCGUCGAGCGGGGUCGACAAACAUGUAGACGAUGACUGUUCUAACACUCCUGAUCUGGGGGAUCAGGAGCAGUCGGCAGGCUCGCAGCGUGGACCUGACGAGGAAGACUACGACCUUGAGACGGUCGAGCGCGUAUACCGAAAGCUCGACUUGCGCAUCAUCCCAGGAAUCAUAGCCUUUUGGUGUCUCUACUUCCUGUGCUCUGGCCUUCGCUCGACCAUUGGUAUGGCACAGACAAUGAACCGAGAGGACGGACACGAUCUCAUGACCGUCUUGAACCUCACGCCAAAGGACACCUCCACCGCCUUGGCUCUGUUUUAUGUCGCCUACGUCAUCUUUGACUUUCCCUCCAACCUCGUCAUGAGCAGGCUCAGCCCUCGUGUUUGGAUGGCCCGUAUCGUCAUUGCUACCGGCAUCAUUGGCGCCUGCUUCGCUGCUGUUCAGGCUGCAUGGAGUCUCAAACUGCUUCGCUUCUUGCUCGGUUUCGUCAUUGCAGGCAUGUGGCCCGGCAUGUCCUACUACCUGACUUUGUUCUACCCCCCUUCGCGCACCGGCAAGAGGAUUGGCAUGUACUUCACCGCCGCUCAGCUUUCGGCUGCCGUGGUCGGCCUCGUAUCAGCCGGCUUCCAGCUCAUGGAUGGUGUAGGAGGCCUCGUCGGCUUUCGAUGGAUGUUUCUUCUAUAUGGCCUCAUUGCCAUUGUUCUUGGCAUCUCGCUCUUGUGGUGGCUGCCCGACCGCCCCCUGCCCCCUGGCCAGACACGCACCCGGAACAGCUGGUUCAAGUGGCUGCCAGCCAGUCCUGAGGCGUUGAAGGGGCACGAUGCCGUCGUUCACUACCACGACCUUCGCCGCGUGUACAACCCGCGCCCAUGGACCUACCACGAUCUCCUCCAGGUCCUCAUCGACUGGCGCCUCUGGCCUCUUGUCUUCAUGUACUUUGGCGUUGUUGGUGUCGGCAUUGGCACCCAGCUGUACGGCUCUGUCAUCAUUGCCUCCAUCGUCCCGGAUGCCUCCAGUGUCGAGGUCAGCCUGCUGUUCGCUCCCAUCUGGAUUAUGGAUUUGAUCGCAAUUGUUAUCAUUAUGCCCCUCUCGGAUCGAUUCCACCGCUACCGACCUUUCAUCUUCUCCGCCGCCGUCUGCCUGCAGAUUGCUGGCCUUUUGGUCGUCACGUUCGCCCUGGACAAUGGCUGGGCUCGCUACGGCGGACUCCUCAUGGUUGGCUUCGGCCUGGGCCCGACUGUCCCCAACUGCAUGACAUGGGCCAACGAGAUUUUCCAGCACCGCCACGGCGAGGUCGGCGUGGCCGCUGCUGCUGCUCUCGUGUCCGGCCUCGGCAACCUCGGCAGUAUCGUCACUACUUAUGCCUUGUACACCGGAUGGCCUGAAGACGCUGCACCUGGUCGCUACAGGUACCGCAAGAGCAACUUUGCCAUGAUUGGCAUUCUCUGCCUCAGCAUCGCCAGCAGCUUCCUCAUGAUGAUCCUCCUGCGAGUCUGUGGAAACGAGCGCACCAACAAGAUCUCCAGCGACAGCGCUAGCGAGUUUGAGGAUGGUGCUGCCAGGCGCGAACGCCAACAGAGGGGCCUUGGCAAGAUUCUUCCCUUUGGAAGGUCUCGCCAAGCCUAGCAGCAUCAUUACUUCACGGCGGUAGACCUUCGUCUGUAAGUUGGACAACGACGACAGACUUGCAGGCGAAGAGGACCUACCGGACCACAGCCGACGAUACGACCGUCGGCCUUGAUUUUUCUACUUCACAUUCUGGGAAACCAUUUUUUUCGCUUCGACUUCUCUGCAUUUGCACUUAUAAUAUCGGCACUACACUCUCCUCACCGGUUGCGGUAUGCCUCUCAUUCGAAACGAGGUACGAAAUGACUUCUUGGACAGCAACAGUGCUUCUACGCCAUUGCUGGGAGUAGGCGUACUUGACUGGAGACGGCGGCCGGCGAAAAUGCUUCCACGCUAUCGCUUUUCGGGUCCGUCUCGGGAGAACAAAAAAAGGGAAGUAGAAGCCGCCUCAAUGAGGCUGUAGGCGGCUUUGUGUUUUGAACGUUUUGUUUGUCGCCAUGAUACCCCAUCUGUGUUUGGAUACGUUGUCUGUUCGAGGAUUAUCGGCGGCGAAAGUGCUUCUACGCCAUCGCUGGGACGGCGUAUUGGACCGAGUACAGUGCCGGCGACAAUGCUCUGCGCUAUCGCUU